CGUAACUACAGAGAAAAUGUUUUUCUUCGAAAAACGAAAACGAAAAGGAGCAAAAGGAAACUUUUCGACCACCUGAAAUAGUUUGAGACACUUCGCAUGUGUUAAAAUCAUGAAAUUACACCAGAUAUUGACCGGCGCUGCGAACACUAUUGAUAAUUCGGCGUCUGUUGCAUACGGCUGUGUUGAUGACUAUCCCUUUAUAGUAUAUAUCUCCGGCUGUGAAGUCGUAAUCUUGGAUGGUAGAUUUCAACGUGUUCAGAUUGUUAUAAGUCAGUGUGCAGCAACCAAUCAUGUCGGACUGAUAUCUUGUUCCCAGAUUGAUGGCAAAAUUGCAGUUGCUUAUGGAAACUGGACAAGAAUUUUCGGAGCAAGAGCCAGUUGCGACCAACAAAAUGAAUCUUUGCCUUUUCAAUGGUUUUUGACAUCAGAACUUUUCACCAACUACACUCAGCAUUGUUUGUCAUGGGACAGAGAUGGUCAACGAUUGCUGACGGGGGGUGAAGUCCUUGAAAUGUGGGUCGAGUCCGAGCAAAGUACUGCGCAAAAUGUGACGUGGAAAAGCGUUUGGCGAUGUGAAAUACCCCACCCGGCGUUUUGCAUACAGUUCUCCUCGGACGGAUCGUAUUUUGCUACAUGUGGAAAGAACGAUUGUCUUGUGAAGAUUUGGUUCGAGGUAGAAAAAGAAAGUGAAGGCAGCAACGCUGGAAUGGCGUAUUACGAUUUCCUCUACAUUCCACAUCCGAGACCUGUCACUCGAUUAUCUUGGAGAAAGACAAGCUAUUUAAUGCAAAGAAAUGUCGUGGCGAACGUCCUAUUGACGUCUUGUGCGGACAACAUAUGCCGUUUGUGGUGCGAAACUAUCGAAGAAAGAUCGAUUUCGUCUCCCUUGGAACCGAGCCACUCCGAGCGACAGCGUCUUAUCCCGAAUUCGAGUGCGGACGCCACGAGUGGUGGCGACUCGUACGACAUCAGAACGAAAUACCAUUUUCACAUUGCGGCAAGCAUAGACCCGAGUAAGGACAUACCUGUCAUGUCGACCGUUUCUUUCUUCUCCUCGGCGGAGAACCAUAGUUCUUUCGUACUUCAUUGGGUCAAUAAUAAGGAAAUGUACAUCACUGCCGUUGCCAAGUUACUCCUAGGAUCGCCAACCGUCGUUGUCGAUGUGGAAGCGGACAACACAAUAUCUGGAGAAACUGGUAACACAUACACUCACAGCCCGUACGUGGACUUGACCAAAGACGAGAACGUAGGACGGGAUGUUAAUGACAGCGAAGUUUCUUUCGAAGGACUUUCAACGAACUCCAAAGAUUUACCGAAAGAUCGAUCGAGCGUCGGUGGAAACAACUUCUUCGCUCAAUUUGAUGGUUUGCUGCGAGACUGGUGCAACACACCAGACUCCUUGCUGGCCAUCAACCCGGCAGAUGGCUCCUUGCUCAUGUUUCUUGUCGACUCACUCGACACCACUCUCGACGCCGAUUUCCGACAGGCGCAAAUUAGCUUCUCCUCGUGUAUUCCCGACGUUUUCCCACCUGCCGAUGCGCAUUCGCUGUUACAGAACGUCAUCCUCUAUCGUUUGCCUGACAAGCUGAGCAUUCAAAGCGUGAGCAACUCAGAGCACACGCAUUUGUACGGUCGUUACGUAAAGACAUCAAUCGUGAAUAAGACUUCUUCGAAGACGUCGUUAGUUUUAGUUGAAACCGGCGCCCAUCCACCCGUCUCCAUGAUAACCACCCACAAAGAUGGUUCGAUGAAUCAGUGGCAAAUCGAUUUCGCAGACGACAGUGCGUUCUCCACACUCAUUUCUCUUUCUCAUGUCACGCGUCUGUCGGGACAUCGCUUCCCUUUGACGGGAUUGUUUCCGCAUCCCUCGUUACCUAUACUGCUGUCGGUUUCAACAUUCACGGCGAAAGUCGAAGACUCGUCGACCUUGAACGAUCAAGAUGGGCACGAAGAUUCCAAGGGAUCUCCACGUGCGGUCCCCUUGACAAAACUCGAGAAAAGGUUUACUUUCACCGAAUUCAUUCUGUGGCAGUGUGAUUGCGUUUUUCAGCUUUCUCAAUCUGGCGGUAUUAUGGAGCUAGCAAAGCUCACAUCAACUAGCCCGUGUGCUUUCGAUAAAAUCGCCUGGUUACCAAAAUUGUUCGUUCGCCCUUUGCUCACGUUUGAUUAUUCUGUGCCCCUCUCGGCCAAGUCCGUCGCUCCAUGUGCGUGCUUUGUUGCCCCCGACGAGACGGGUUUGUUGUUCUACAAGGUCGUUUUGGAUGGACGAGCUCUGCUCGAGUUCCUUUCAGGAAAGCAGAAUCGACGAGCCGAUCGAAUGGCGAAUUUUAACAGUGACGAGGAAGGAGAUGAGUUUAGCAUCGAUUAUCCAUCUGUGUCCACCAUAAAUCAUUUAGUAGACUGCAUUAUAAGCGAUCAGUCUGGGCCUAGGCCCGGAAGCAUCCUUCGACUCUGUCGACUCAGAAGCUCGAGAAAUGUUUUGAAAAGUCCGCUGUUCUUUCACGUGUUCACCGAGGAUGCGAUUGGCAAAUGCCGUUCAAGCGAUGGGAUAACGUCAACCAGAGACGAUCUGCUGGAAGAUACUUUUUAUUUAGUGGCUUUGGAUAAUAAACAGUUGAAUAGCAGUGAUUUGCAAAGAACAUCUCGGCACGAGGGUGAAAUCCGUACAAUGGUUCACAUGUGGAGAAUAAAGAUUACGACCAUUGAUAAGGAAGAUGAUGGAUCCUCAGGCGAGAUGUCAUUUACCCCGCAAGAUCCCUUGCCUACAUUUUCAUUCACGGACAUCAAGGAGAAUGUAAAUUGUGGCAUACGAUCACGUAAAGUUCUUACGUCUUGUCUUGACCUCCCGGCUGGCGUUUACGUUACUAUGGCAACGCCUUCUGCCAACACUUUAUCGUCAGUGUCUGAAAAUCGUGUAGGCUGCCUGCCCUUUUUGAUAUCAACAUCUUGCUCUGACGGUGAGAUUCGAUUCUGGUCGUGCCUUGCUCGGGAUUCCUCUGAAGGCACCUCCACUCGAUAUUCUUGGUGUGAAUGCUCAAUGAAAUGUCCUGGCACUAGUGCGAGAGAUCAAAAUAAACGAGGGAAUACCGAUGGAGUACCCGUGGCACUAGAUUGUGCCAACACGGGGAGGGUGGCAAUCGUGACGCGUCCAGAACCAGCUGAAAAUUCAGAAAUUAUUCAAGGAAAGUACGAUGUUGUGAUAUGGGAAAGCGAAUCAAAUGGAAACACUGAAUGGAUCGUGGAGGAUGCAUUUGACAUCCGAAAUGCAGUUGCCAAACGAACAGCAGAAACCAUACAACACGCAUGCGUGAGGUGGUUCUCCUGCGAGAAUGGCCUUUUCGUGCUAGCCGUUCGCGUGGGACGAUUCAUACAUCUCUACAGUCUUGUCGAGAGUUUAGACGAAGUACCGAGUUUAAAGAAACGUUCCCCAAAGCAUCGUUAUAAUAGAAUUACAACGUUUGAAAUUGGUAGCCCAUCAACUCCAAGUGAUUGCGAACUUUUCAUUUCAUUUGUCCGACGCGGUUUGCUAGUUGUGGGGAUUGGUAACGAAGUUCAUGUCUACUCUCAGUGGAACGGUAAUAUAAGCGGGGACACAAAGUUGAUCGUCAGUUCCGACGACUUUCGAAAUCCAGGCCUCUUUAACGAAGUGCGUCUACGAAAUCCGACACUGCCUCAAUACCAUCCGAAGUAUUUGAUCGAAUUGCUGGAUUUCGGAAAACUGCGAAGAGCUCGUGCCAUAUUAAAUCAUUUGGUUCGCUGUAUUGCUGGUGAGCAAGCAACGCAGGCAGCGGUGUACAGCAACGACGAUACUUCACGUAAAAGAACACGAAGUGUCAUCGGUGCAUUGAAUCUAGGGACCUACUACUCCAGUGGGCAGGGAGAAACUUCGGUUAGAGCAAGUGACUUUAGCCGCCAUCAGUAUAAUGUUGAUUGCAUUCCACCUCUGCCCAUUUUCAAGUUGCUGGCCGCUGACAAAGAUGAUAGCGGUAACACAAAUAUGGAUAAAGCAAACGCAGACUCCAACUCAUCGAGUGAUCGUGUUGAGGAAACCGAUUAUAGUGAACUGUUCAAUACUUCAUUUAAGAGCAGUUUUGAUAAUUCGGGUAUCAUAGAUAACCCUCCGGUUUUACAGAACUCCCGCAGUACUUCGUUCAGUCCUGUGCAUUUUGGUGUCGGCCAAGCCCGACUGCUCUCCGAACAUUUGAGUCGAAAACAGCUGGCGGGCCUAACACGAAUCGAGCAGCUAGAACUGCAAGCCCUCGCCGAUACUCUAGCGACGACCAAAAAUGAUCUGGAGGAAGACAACUCUGAAACUGAACAGGGAUUGACGUUUGUGAAAAAGUGUGACUUAGCCAAAGAGGGAGUCACUGGCUUCAUGGGGGGACCCUCUGGUGGAGGUGGAGGAUAUGCUACGACUGGAAGUGUUGGUGUGACGGAGGGUAGUGGAGGUGACGCUGUGGACGAAUGCGGAUUACGAUUCCUUUUGGCGAUGAGGCACCACACAUGUCUCCUGAGAUCCCUUCCAUUAGUACCCAGGGCGCAGCUCGAACUCCAGGGGCUGUCUUCGUCCAAGUUCAUCUGGGCCUUUCAUUCGGACACGCAAGAGGAACUGCUCGCAAUGCUUCCUGGGAUGAUUCGAGGCGAACCAACGUGGAACGAACUGAGACAGUAUGGCGUUGGAUGGUGGAUCAAAAGCAAUGAGACUUUAAAACGACUUGUUGAAAAAGUGGCUAAGACGAAGUUCAAUGAAAAUCAAGAUCCGAUGGAUUGCUCGCUCUUCUACAUGGCGAUGAAGAAGAAAACUGUCCUGCGAGGCUUGUUCAGGACUCAGGGAAACUCGAGGAUGGCGACUUUCUUCGGUAACAAUUUCUCGGAGGAUAGAUGGCGAAAGGCGGCGUUGAAAAACGCUUAUUCUCUUCUCAGCAAACAGCGUUUUGAGCACGCCGUGGCGUUUUUCCUUUUAGCCGACGCUCUCUGGGAUGCUGUGAGGCUGUGUAUCAGUCACCUAAAAGAUAUUCAACUUGCAUUGGUUGUUGCUAGGCUAUACGAUGCGGAUGCCGAACUGCCUACCUAUAAAAGAGUUCUCAAAGAAUACGUCUUGGGCCAAGCGGGCUGUAAGGCGGAAAAAGAUCCGUUCUUGCGAAGUAUAGCGCACUGGCUGACAAAAAGUUACCACGAAGCUUUGCGAACCCUGCUUCUUGACUCCGACAUCUGCGAGGCGGAUGACGAGUACAACGAAUAUGCUGCGUCAGGAAGUCCGGAUAUCUUCAACUUCUACAUGUAUCUCCGAACGCAUCCCGUUCUACGCCGAACGCAGUUCGAGAAGAACACGAAGUCUAACACGCGCCGAAAGCAAAGAAACGCUUUCAAGGUCACCCGUCAGCAGAGCGUUAGCGAAGUGGUCAUGUUGACGUCACCGCUGACAGCUUUCGAAAGACAACUGUAUUACAUGACCGCUCAGCAUCAUUACAACACGGGCUGUCCUGACCUGUCCUUGCAAGUGUUGUUGGAUCUUCCUCCCCCAGAAAAUGACCCCGUCUCGAAAACCGAUGGUUCCUCUGUUUCCAGUGAAUUUGAGGAGCGUUCUACCGAUAGGAACGAGACCAUGAUCAACACGGGUACAUUAAAUGUGGACUGGGGAAAGCCACUUACGUCUAGCAAUUCGGCUCAUGAUCGGUCCCAGUCUUUAUCUGGGCAACCACAUGAAAAUAGGCAGAGCAAUGCCGAUUUUGAUUGGUCGCAGCCCGUUUCUCACAAACUUGCUAGCAAGGAAAAUAAAGCAUCCGAUUUUGAUUGGUCCCAGCCCGUUUCCGGGACACUUAUGACAAUUGGGGAAAAAAGCUCAGAUGUUGAUUGGUCACAGCCUGCUUCUGGCCCUGAUAAAAUAAGCUUUGAUUGGUCGAAACCGAUUUCGGGGGUUUUGAAUGGCUAUGACGAGACUGAUACCGACCGGUCUCUACCUUUAUCAGGAACAGGUGAUGACAAUACUUCAAGUGAACAAAAUAAUGAUAAUAAAGUCAGUAAUGAACUUAAUGGUGAGGACUUCCCGGAGGCACGUGCAAAAGGUGGCACGUUACACGCGAAGAAACACGCAGCUAUCACGCAGAGGUUGAAGUUCCGCGCGUGUUUGAAAUUAGUUGUGGACGAGCUAUGUAGCCUACCUCAUCACUGCGAGAUAAACAAUAAAGACUUGAGGUCCACGUUUCAGAGUUGGUUGAAGAAGGAGGUCGAUCUCAUACAUAAAAUUUGUGACAUUGAACAAGAUUACGCGUCUUUCGAAUCGUUGAUGUCACUGAUUGUCACCUCACCUACAACGGACAGAGAUUCAUUCGGUGAUCUCGUCAGCGAUUCAGCGAACGACAAGAACAACUUUGCGAAAAAGGUCGAGACCUCUGCCCGCCAUAUCGAAUGGCUAAAACAGAACCAACCGUUGUUGAACAUCCUUCUGAACUACUGUACCUUACAUGGCGCCUCAGGUGGAGAUGUUGCGACAAUGAAGCUGGAACUCUUGAUACUCAUCCACGAAAUGGAGCAGCAACGUCACCUCAUGUCGCCGCUGUACCUUACGUCCGCCGGCUCAUCAAUUCCUCCUCUCAUUCUUGCAACUAUGGUAUCGACCUUUUCGCUCGGCGCCAGUCCAUUCACCUAUCUCUCGGCCAUGACGCAAGACAUACUGAAGUAUCUCACCAAGUUACCAGGCCCCCCCAACCCGACUCAGCCGCUGGAGAUGAUGUCCGUGUUGCGAAGAGUGACUGCCACGCUCUCGGCAUGUGUGUUUCAGAGUCUGAUGUGUGGAAACUGUGAAGUUGAACAAAGUAUGUCAAGUAUUCACAACCCGGAAAACUUUCGUGCGAACGAUCUUUUUUCAACCAAUAAAGUCAGAACACCAACCUCCUCUCCCAACAAAUGGCCAGGUGUUCGCCUACUGCGGUCAUUGCUCAUUACGGAGGCAAAAGAUAAUGCCACUAAGUUGAAGGUUCUCCUCUCGGAAAUAUGUGUAGCGACCUUCCUGAGCCUUCUUGCGACGGCCUGGAACGAGAGCGAUCCAAAACAGUUGUACUGCAUCAUUUCGAACAGUCUUACCGUUGACAUGUGGGGAAUCGUUUUUGGUGGCGGAUGCAAAGUGAUCAAGCAAAGUGCACCGCUGAACAGUGCAGAUGAAGACAGCAGGCGUCAGUCAUUGCCGAUUUCUCAGUCACAAGGUGUGGAUUGGGCUGCGAAACGAAGACAGUGGAAUUAUAAAUUACUUCCCCCGAAAAAUGUGACAAAUAAGACGGAGAAGAAAGUAGAAGACGAGGAGUUUUUACCUCCUCAAAUGUCGCUAAUGGAUUAUUUCCAAAGAAAGCCAAACGAGGGAACGACCACAUUGUCUCAUUACGAUAGCGACAUGGCGUCUUCGGAUUCCGAGGAUGAAGAGGAGGAUGGAAUAGUCGCCUCCGGAGUGAAGAAGAAAAGGGAAAAACCACGUGAUCAUCUUGAUCUUAACUCCUUCAGUUGGACCCUAAUGAACUACGCCAUCAGUGCUUCAAUCUGUCUCGAUUUGCAUCGUUUCCUUGCAGAUGUUGGUCUGGAGGUUACAGACUUGCCAAUGGUCUCGCCUCUCCUGCAUUCGGCUGUGAAAAUGUUGGAUCACUGGAAACAAGUUUUCUAUGACAAGUUGAAGAAAUGUGAUCGUCCAGCGGAUGACUACAUUCCCUUACAUUGUGUCGAUAAAGAUGACUUUCCUCGCGGUGGACCCACGUUGAUAAAAUACAAAGCUCUCAUCGAUCCCAACAAUACACCAUUCAGGUCGACGAGCUCGACAGCGAUUCCUGCAAAACGAUUAUGGCAUACUUUGGUGACGAAAGAACAAUUGCAAAAAGUGUUCCUCGAUUUUGCCUUCCCCAGAAAUAGUCUCAAGACGGAACAACACGCUGGCGUUGUCGACGAAGAACGCACAGACGAGAACGAAGCGACAGUUUUAUACAAAGACAGCGAGGCGAUCAACUCGUUUUGCGUCAGCAAGACGAUGGCGAUGCGUGUUGUCGUGGCAACGAUGCGUGACGUGCAUGAAUUGGAUAUUUCGAACGCGAUGAAAAUGCCGCGCGCAUUUUACGUUGACGAAUUUAUCUCCGAUUCUGAGAACAGAAAAAGUGACCAAGAAGAAUACACCAUGGUCUACACUGGAACAGAUACGGCAAAACCCGUCGACCAUAAUAUUGGAAUAUCUGCUCAAUCUGGGGUCGCCUCAUCUGUGAUGUUCAGAAGGAAUGUUUCCGGUAUCAAAAGACUCGAAGAACAUCCCAACUUGCCUUAUUAUUUAGCCGGCGGCCACGAUGGAAGUCUGCGCAUCUGGGAGCUUGGGCACGAGCAUGAGAUAGCGACGUAUCGCGAAAGCGGGAAAUAUCAACGCGUCACGAAAGUUCAUUUUAGUCAACACGGUGGAAAGUUUGGCGUAAUCGAUUUCGGUGGACAGCUUUCUCUCCAUCAGUGUAUGAACACAUCGCGAACUGCAGCUAUUACAACUUUGAAAUGCCACAACAAACAAGGCAACGAUUUUGCUUUCCUUGGAUCCACAAGCCUCCUCGCCACGGCAGGAUACUCGAGUGACGGAAACAAUGCCUGUCUUUGGGAUACACUUCUACCACAAGCAUCUUCUUUAGUACAUGGUUUCAACUGUCACGAAAGUGGAUCCCUUUGUGUCGCUUACGUUCCGUGUAAAAGAUUAUUACUAUCUGGGGGUCGCAAGGGUGAUGUUUGUAUAUUUGAUUUAAGACAACGACAACACAUGCAAACGUUUACUGCGCAUGACAGUGACGUCAAAAGUAUCGCAGUUGACGAAAGCGGGGAGUUCUUCGUAACGGGAUCCUUAGAUGGGGACAUUAAGGUUUGGAGUCUCCAUUCUCAUAAAGAGCUUCUCUCAUAUCCUAACGAGCACGGGAGAAGCAAUUAUCAAUUGAUUAAACUCGGCACCCAAGGCGUCCCACGCGUCAGCCUGCAACCAGGCGGUCAAUUGUUUUCAUGUGGAGGUGACGGUACACUAAAAUUUCGGCAGUUGCCCCUAACGGAUCUGAUCGUAAAUUCACCAUUUUGAAAUGUCGUACGUAGGUGAAGAACACUGAACUGAAUAUAUAACUGAUUGGCUACAUUUUGACAAACAUGACUGUACUUGCUCGUGAAGUCAUAUUUCACCUUCAAACACGCAUGUCCCGAGGUCAAGUCCCAUUUUUUUCCGGCAGUGCGCGAAAAGAUUGAGACUGGUGGAAUUGCUCGCUCAAGUUUUGACGUGAGAUAGCCUUCCAGUUGUAUUCAGUUCAGUGGUUAAGAAUGAUGUUAUUGACAGACGCAUCGAUAUUAAUAAUGAAUGAAGUAACGUCGUGGUAUGAUUUAUUUAAAAAAAAACUCUUAUCGAAAUCUUAAUAUUUAAUCGCAGCACAAUAAAAUGACCGAUUUCUCAAAAUAAA